AUAAAAUAAAGAUCUUGUAUAUUUUUAUAACAUCAUUAUUAGCUGAAAAUGUUAGUUACUCGGAUUAUAAGAACAACAGAUGUAAUGCAAGAAUGCAAAGCAUUUUUAUCCACUUUGGUUCCUAAGGAAGAAAUUAUAAAAAUUGGGAGUUAUAACAUAAACUGCUUAAAGAUAGGUCAUGGACGGAAGCAUGUCCUAUGCACACAAGGCGCUCUAGGCUCCAUAUGGACAGACUUUAUUUAUCAAAUCAAUGGAUUUGAUAAAGAUAAAUUUACUAUAGUUUUCUGGGAUCAACCUGGAUUUGGUAAAAGUAGACCACCAGAUCGUGAUUUUUCAAAAAAGUUAUAUAACAACGACGCUAAGGUUUCAUAUCAACUCAUGAAGGAAUUAAAUAUUCCACGAUAUUCCUUAUUAGGUUGGAGUAAUGGCAGUGUAACUUGUAUGAUUCAUGCUGCGAACCAUCCUGAUAAGGUCGAAAAACUUGUUAUUUGGGGUGCCAAUUCAUUUGUAUUGCCUAAAGAAGUAAUUCAUUAUAAAGAAAUGAAAGACGUUUCGCUUUGGUCAAAGAAGAUGAAAAAGCCGAUGGUCGAUCUUUAUGGUGAAGAAUUGUUCGCUAGAUACUGGGCCCAGUGGGUAGACAGUAUGAUCGAAUUGGUAAAGGAUAGGAAUGGCGACAUAUGCUCGAACAUUUUACCCAAAAUUACUUGUCCAACAUUUAUUUUGUACGGCGAGCAAGAUCCUCUUGUGGACAGGAUGCAUCUUACUUAUCUUCAAACACAUAUCAAAAAUACAAAGACAUAUUUGUAUCCAGGGGGCAAACACAACAUACAUAUUCGAUAUCAUGAAGAUUUUAAUCGGAGAGUUCAAGAGUUUUUACUGACAUAAAUAGUAUUGUAAAAUUC